CUCCUCCCGUCACUGCUCUAAGAGGCUGCUCCGCAGCAGCGAGCGGGGCCCGAGCUGCAGCCUGAGCCAGAGGAACUGAGCCCAGUCGGCAGAUACACGGCCGCGGGGACGGCAGCGGCAUGACCGGCCACCACGGCUGGGGCUACGGCCAGAAAGACGGCCCCUCGCAGUGGCACAAGCUGUACCCCAUUGCCCGGGGAUACCGCCAAUCACCAAUCAAUAUUAUAUCCAGCCAUGCUGUGUACUCACCCAGCCUGAAGCCACUGGAGCUUUCCUAUGAGGCCUGCACAUCCAUCAGCAUUGCCAACAAUGGCCACUCUGUCCAGGUGGACUUCAAUGACAGUGAUGAUCGAUCUGUGGUGACUGGGGGCCCCCUGGAUGGGCCCUACCGGCUCAAGCAGUUCCAUUUCCACUGGGGCAAGAAGCACAACGUGGGCUCGGAGCACACAGUGGAUGGCAAGUCAUUCCCCUGCGAGCUGCACCUGGUUCAUUGGAAUGCCAGGAAGUACAGCACCUUUGGGGAGGCGGCCUCAGCACCUGAUGGCCUGGCUGUGGUUGGUGUCUUCUUGGAGAUGGGGGAUGAGCACCCCAGCAUGAACCGCCUGACAGAUGCACUCUACAUGGUUCGGUUUAAGGGCACCAAGGCCCAGUUCACCUGCUUCAACGCCAAGUGUCUGCUGCCUGCCAGCCGGCACUACUGGACCUACCCAGGCUCCCUGACGACUCCCCCGCUAAGUGAGAGCGUCACCUGGAUUGUGCUCCGAGAGCCCAUCAGCAUCUCUGAAAGGCAGAUGGAGAAGUUUCGGAGCCUGCUUUUCACCUCAGAGGAUGACGAGAGGAUCCACAUGGUGAACAACUUCCGGCCACCGCAGCCACUGAUGGGCCGUUUGGUCAAGGCCUCCUUCCGGGCCUGAGCAGCCUGGCUGCCCGGCCAACCACCAAGGCAUCAUCUUCCCAAGGGCUUCCUCAUCAGCAGACACCAAACCAUCUGAGGCUCUCUGCCUGGGGGUUUCUAUGGCGCCCCCAUCAGCUGGCUUGCUCCUCGGCUACCCUACAGGCUUCUUGAUAGGAUCCUUGAGUCAGGGAACACCCCUCAGCUGCUCUGGGAACAGGAAGGACAGGAGCUGAGCAUGUUCCAAGCCUGGGGCUUCCUCUGCUUUCCAAUAUCCAAAGGUCCCUGGGAACCUCCUCUUGUCUUCUUCCCCACUGGCAGUGGCAGCAGCCUCACCCUGAGUUCUCACUGUGACGAACGAGACUGAGCUCUCUGAGGCAGGCAGCUGGCAUUGCCAGGAAGACUCAAGCAAUAAUUAUAGGUGGGCAGAGCUGCCCUCUUGGCAUUACCUCUUCUGCAGGCUUCCGCCAUGCACACACCUCACUGCCAGGCCAUUAAAAACAGCACUCAGUCUGCUGGAAGUGACAUGGCCUUCUCCCUCCAGCCACCUGCUGCUAUGGGCAGGUACUGGCCACAGCUUAUGUAGUAUCUCGCCUCAUCCCCACCCAGCUACCAAAGCCACCUACAUGACGAUCCAUCCAUGCAAUGACUAAUAAAUUCAUUCAUCCUUGCAACGAA